GCUGCUCUCUCUCCGCUCCCCUGCCCGCCCGACCUGCGCCUCAAUCCGGCCAGACACCCGCAGAGACCCCGCCGCCUCCCGGGACUCACACACACACACAGACACACACACACACACACACUCACAUACAUACUCGGUGGGGGGGUAAAAUUAGCUGGGACACGACGAGAGGCAGAGAGGAACAUUUGACGGGAGCAAAACUGCCAGUCGCAUUGCAGCAUCUCACAUAUAGUCCCGUCUGUAGCUUACUUUCAAUAGUUAUUUUUUUUCUCCUCCCGGAAGAAAACACAUUUUGUUUGAGCUCCAUGGAAACGUGUAAAAAUCCUCCCGGAUACUGAACCUGGACAAACUGCGCCCAUCCGAGAGCACACACAACGGGACCGUUAGGUUUUUUCCCCCCAGCUAGCUACUGGAAGCCGGGCGACGUUGUGGAGGAGGACAAAGGCGCUGCUUUUUGCUCGGAAAGCUUCUGUUUUCGCUUCACUACGGGGUAAAAUCACCAAAGAUGCUGUCGGAGCUGAGCGAGUGGUUCUGGCGGGAGCGGCUGUGGUUUCCGGAGGGCCUGGGCUGGGCGGACCUGGAGGACCGGGAGGGACGGGUGUACGCCAAAGCCCGCGACCUGUGGGUGGCGCUUCCAAUCGCCCUCAUAUUCCUCAUUAUCCGCCAGAUCUUUGAAAGGACGGUGGCUACACCCCUGGCCUCUCUACUCGGGGUGAAGGAGACGGUGCGGCUUAAAGCUCCGCACAAUCCCGCGCUGGAGUCCUACUACUGUAACAUCACCAAAAACCCCACACAGUCUUCAGUAGAGAGCCUUUGCAAACAGACCGGCUGCUCAGAAAGACAAGUGCAGCGAUGGUUCAGGAGACGAAGGAACCAGGACAGGCCGAGUUUGCUGAAGAAGUUCCGGGAGGCCAGUUGGAGAUUUACCUUUUACCUUCUUGCUUUCAUUGCUGGCCUGGCCGCCCUGAUCGAUAAACCUUGGCUGUAUGACCUGAAGGAGAUGUGGGAAGGCUUUCCUGUGCUGACUCUCCUGCCGUCUCAGUAUUGGUACUACAUGAUCGAGCUGGGUUUCUAUGGCUCUCUGCUCUUCAGCGUGGCUUCUGAUGUCAAACGUAAAGACUUCAAGGAGCAAAUAGUUCACCAUGUAGCGACCAUCCUACUCAUCAGCUUCUCCUGGUGCGUUAACUACAUUCGUGCUGGAACUCUCAUCAUGCUGGUGCACGACUCCUCUGAUUACUUUCUUGAGUCUGCAAAGAUGUUCAACUAUGCUGGGUGGCGAAACGCCUGUAACUACAUCUUCAUUGUGUUCGCUGCCGUUUUCAUCGUCACCCGCCUUGUUAUCUUCCCUUUCUGGAUUAUUUACUGCACGUGGGUUUACCCAGUGACCAUCUACGAGCCCUUCUUCGGCUACUACUUUUUCAAUGGACUGUUGAUGACUCUGCAAUGUCUACAUAUCUUCUGGGCUGUUCUAAUCAUACGUAUAGCAGUCCGCUUCCUCACCAACAAUGAAAAAGUGGACGAUGAAAGGAGUGAUAAAGACGAAACGGACGAAUCAGAAGAGGAGGAGGAGGAAGACAGGGCAGACGCUAAAAAACACAUGAAGAAAAAUGGCCCGGUGCAGAACGGUCACACAGUUCACAACAACAACCAUAGCAAGAUGGAGUGAAAGCAAACAUGUGUCAGGAUGAAAGAACGUGAGAAGGACUCAUAUCCCUCAGUAGGGAGUCAGGAGGGAGGGAUGAAGAGUGAGAGAAAGAAGAAGAAGAAGAAGGGAUGUGGGUAAAGGAGGAGGCAGGUGAUUCCCUAACACCGAGAACAAGUAUUUGAGGAAAUUUGACACUGUUACUUUUACACAAAUACAUACACAUAUUCACUUUUAGAGGGCACAGAGAUCCAGCAGAUGGCGUACACUACAUUAUGUGACACGGCAAGGUUUGCUUUGUCAUGAGAAAAAAAACGAAAGUAUUCAUUGCCUUUGUUUCACGUUAGUCCCAAAAAAAAAUUUUUAACGAGACAGGGGAGAAAAUGGAGAGCAAAACAAAGUGUGGAGAGAGGAGUGAUUGCUGCUUCCACGUAAGCUUUCAUGUUCUAACUGUGUGCCUUAGAGCCAGCUGAUGGCUGUUAAGAAGCCAUUUUACAGAUUGCUGUUUAAAAAUUAUGUCGCUUUAUUCUGUUUUUUUUUUCUUUCUUUUUUUUUGUCUACUAAAAGAACAAAACAAAGUGAAAGUGGGUUUUAUAAAGGUGAGAAAAUAGGGAAUUUAUUUCCCUAGUUUUCUGUCUAUGCAACUACGUAACUGUUCAGCUAUUGCAUCGUCUUUGCACAAACGUACAGUGUCUCUUAUGUAAAGUAAUAACUCGCAGUAGGACUUAGUUCCUCUGCUCUCCAAUGUGGCCUGUGCCAUUUUAAAGUGUCUGGAUCUAGUUUUGUAAGCCUCAAGAUUUUUUUUUUUUUUUAAUUUCUGUUCCGUUUUAAUCCAUGUGAGCUCCGUUCGUAAAAUUCUUGCUUCCAACAAUCCUUUUAGCUGUGUAAGCAGCGAGCAAUGAAAUGACGCCAGAAAUGAAGAAGAAGAGGCCUCGUUUCCCAAUAAAGCGAAAUCAUAGCUUCCUGCUAUUUUAGACAGAGCUGAAUGUGUUUUUCUUUUCAGUUCGGACCACGCUGAUUAUGUCACCCACUGAAAUGCAUUCAUUGUGAAGGUGGGUUGCUCUGUUGAAAUACAGGAGUUUUAUUAAGGAGGCUGUGACGGGCCAGUUUCCCAAUUUCCACAUUUUACAAAUAUGGGCCAAAUUUCUUCAGUUCACUGCCUAAUAGCCUGGAUUAUGUUUGUUAACCUGGCUGAGUGUUCAAGUGUUGAUCUAAAUCAAUGAUUUUAGGUAUGAUUACGUGUAUGAAAUGAGUUUACAUGUAUGUUCUUUAAUCUUUUGUUGAAGGAAAUAUGUUCCAGUGUUUCAGCUUUGAUAAAUUCAUGAAAUGAUGAGUGUUCCAGUUUUGUUUGUCAUGCUUUAAAGCUUUUGUAUGUCAAGUGCCUUAUCUGUAAUGUAUGGGAAGCUCUCCUGUCUUCAUAUCCUCUCCUUUUCUUUCCUGUUUCCACCUCACAACACAGAGCCAGAUCUAAGACUAGAACUUCUCCCUCCUCUUUGUUUCAUUCAUCACUCACUUCUCGUCUUUAUAGACGAUCUUAUCUUCCUUUUAAACUCACCCUCAUUCCACCACGUUCUUUUCUACUAACCCCGACCAACCAGCAACCUCUCUUCCCCAGUGAUACAGAAAAAAUAGCUGUGUCCUAAUUACAGUGUUAUUUUUUUUUAUUUUGUAUUUUUUUUGUUUUUUUUGUUUUGUUUUUUUUUUGUUUAAUGAUGCCUAAGUAUUGUUAAUGAUGAUAAAUGAAUCACAAUGACAGCA